UUUUCUCACAAGAAUCGAAUCGACUGAAUCGGUCAACAGGUUUUGUUUGUGUUUGUUACUCUUUCAAGCGUUUCAGAGCAUCUGUUGCGUUAAGUAUAUUUUAUUUAAACGUUAUCAAAAAACACGAAGUUUAAUUGCAUUACUUAACCGAUAACAAGUUGGAUAUAACCGGAGCAGACGAUAAUACGCAGUAAACAAUUUCAAACCUUUCAGACUAGUAUACUUACUAUUGAAAUGAGUCUUCCAUUGAUUUCGCUUACAAGAAAGGAAUGCUUUAGUGCGUGCCAUCGUUUACACAGUCCGUUUCUUAAUGAAGAACUGAACAAACAGGUCUACGGCAAAUGCAACAAUCCAAAUGGACACGGUCACAAUUAUACGGUGGAAGUCACUGUACGAGGGCCAGUUGAGCCGAAAACUGGCAUGGUUAUGAACAUCACUGACUUGAAACAGUACAUGGACCAAACCAUCAUGAAGAAACUCGAUCAUUUGAAUUUGGACAAAGACGUUCCAUACUUUAAAAAUUUGCCCAGCACCACCGAAAAUGUAGCGGUUUUUAUCUGGGACAGCUUGCGAUUAGUGAUGCCGAAACCGGAACUGUUAUACGAAGUAAAAAUUUAUGAAACGGAUAAGAAUUCGGUUGUCUACAGAGGACAGAAAUGUGACGGUAGAAAUCACUAUCAUCAUCACCAGAACGGUCUGAACACCACUAGCGAAAAUGUUUGUUCCUCCAAUAUGUCAUCAGAUUCCGACAGUUGAGUUGCGUAUACUGCCCGUAACCGCAAGUCAGUCCCAUCUGUAAUUUUGUCAAUUUUGAGUUAGCCUCGUAUUUUGGCCUAGCUUUGAGUAUAUUUUCAGAUGCACCGAUAAAAAAUAGUGGUUUGUUCAACAAAAGUGGAAAUCAAUAUCAAGUCGAAUUGUCACAUUAGGCAAAGUAACCGCAAGUCAGUCCCAGAAGAAAAAUAACCGAAAGUCAGUCACGAAUUACAAAAAAAGAACAUGCAUAAUACAACAGUAAAAUGAAUGGGGAGUAAAAAAGAGUUCGAUACGACCGUUUACCGUUUAAAUAAGUUAUCUAGUAAUAAUUAUCAAUUAUUGGGAUUAUUUUUUAGUUUGAAUUGGUGAUGAAUUUAUGUGGAGCAAUUUUCUGCUAAUACGAAUUCAAGUCAACUUUUUUUCUUGGUUCGCUUCUUCGUGGAUCUAUCCGCAAAAUCUUGAGUAUCGAAAAAACUUCCAUCAGAAUCCAGGCAAUCGUUCCAAGAAAUCUCCAAAGGUGAUGCUCGAACCUCAAAUGGAUUUGGAUCAUCUUGACAUUCGUUGUCGGAUGAACCAACUGCAGUCCCGGCUUCUGUUUCUUUAUCCGAGUCCUCACCGGAUAAGCUUUCAUCGGCUCCGAACAUCUUGAGAUUUUCCAACGUCGACAUUUCUUAAAAGGUUCUCAUGGACAUGCACUUCCUAACAGCGAAGGAUUGACAGUUUUCCACGGCAACGAAUAACAACACGUCAACACGCAUUAUGGUUUCAACAUGGCAAUGUGACUGACUUGCGGAUACAUUUCUCUUCGGUGUAGAAUGUAACGGCAAGUCAGUCACACUCAAAGUUUUUAUCAUAAAAUGGUUUUUACAACGUAAUUAGUGCAGGCUAGUAUGCAAAUUAUAUUUUAGCAUGAAUAUUGUCAAAAUAAUUCAUCUUAAAUAAGUGAUAACUGAGCGUGAAUGGAAUAUCUUUCGAAGCUGUUUUCUCGUUUUAACAUUUUUACAGAUGGGACUGACUUGCGGUUACCGGCAGUAUAUCACUUAUUAAUAAUAGUAUUAUAAAUAUAAUACUUAAUGUCGUGUUAACUUCCUUUCAAUUUAUUUUCGAACAGUCGGUUAUAAAAAGGCUCGCUAAUAUUCACCUGCUCCGUAAAACAUUAAUUUGUAUUGUGCCGUGUCAAAUAAAUGUGUGAACAAAAAAAAUAUUCACCUGUAUUCUAUAUUGCAAUCAGGAACAA